GACGGCGGGGGGAGCAAACUCCACCCAGCAGAUAGGAUCUCCGGCAGGCGGAGCGGAGGGCGGCUUGUGCCGAAAGGGUUCGGGCUGGUUGGUCGGGACGCUUGACGAGUCCCACAGAAAACUUCAGAGGGGCAAAGUCCAGCCUGAGUGUGAGGGAGACGGGGUGGAAGUUAAUGCUCGAGAGCGUGUUGGGCACAAAAUCACAUGUCAGUUUAAAAGAAAUGCUCCAAAGAUGGCGGUGGUAAUCGCGACGGGAGUUUCAGGUGCCUCCGGAGUGCAUAAAAGUGGGUUUGUGGAGGUUUUGGUGCGGGAGCGGUGGCACAAAGUUUUGGUCAACUUGAACGAGGAAACGCUCACGUUAAGCUGCGAGGAGAGCAGCGUUAACGACAACGUGAACGACAGUGUCAACUCAAACGGCGUAACUAAUGGAUCUUACCUUGACAACAACAACGCCAACUCUAACAACGGCCCCCAAAGUGUACGUACGGCGUUCACGGACCUCCCGGAGAGGGUGCCCGAAACGAUCGCCAACAGAAAGCGAUGCGUCAAGGUGACCAAGCAGGAGAUCGGGGGACUUGGGAUCAGCAUCAAAGGCGGAAAGGAGAAUAAAAUGCCCAUUCUCAUCAGUAAGAUUUUCAAGGGGCUCGCAGCGGACCAGACCCAGGCUCUGUACGUCGGGGAUGCCAUCCUGUCUGUGAACAGCAUGAACCUGCGGGACGCGACCCAUGACGAGGCUGUGCAGGCGCUGAAACGGGCCGGGAAAGAGGUGACACUGGAAGUGAAGUACAUGCGCGAGGCAACACCGUAUGUCAAAAAGGGCUCACCUGUGUCAGAGAUCGGCUGGGAAACACCCCCUCCUGAGUCUCCCCGUCUCGGCAGCCCUCCCAUCAGCUCCUCCUCCUUAUCCGACCCUCCCAGCCCUUCUGUCCAGCCCUCCCCGCCUCUGCAUGGCGACAGGAGGUGCAUUCCACUCAAGAUGUGUUACGUAACCCGAGCCAUGACCACACCAGACCCUGAGAACAGACAACUGGAGCUGCACUCCCCUGACACCAGGCACACUGUGGUGCUGCGGUGCCCAGACCAACCGUCUGCCCUGUCCUGGUUCUCUGCCAUGCACUCCAUCACAUCUGCACUGGCACAGCGGGCGCUGGCGGAGGUCAUCCAGAACACAGCCAGGACGGGGGUCGCUGGCAGCAAAGAGAUACGACACCUGGGAUGGCUGGCAGGGAAGACAGAGAGUGAGAAGCAGAGCUGGAAGCCUGUGCUGGUGGUGGUGACGGAGAAAGACCUGCUGCUGUAUGACAGUCUACCACGAGGCAAAGAGGCCUGGCAAAGCCCUGCACACGUUUAUCCACUUUUAGCAACACGUCUGGUCCAUUCUGGCCCCGACCGGGGGUCGCCUCACUCUGGCACAGAGCUGUUCUUUGCCACUCGGACUGGCACACGACUUGGCAUUGAGACCCACCUGUUCCGGGCUGAGACCACCAAGGAUCUGUCCAUGUGGACAAGACAUAUAGUCAACGGAUGUCACGCCUCGGCUGAGAUGAUCAAAGAAGUCACUACGAGUUGUCUGUACCGGGGUCAGGAGUGCCGAUUGGUAAUUCACUACGAACAUGGCUUCUCUGUGCUGGCCGACCCCACACCAUUGGGAGACAGGAACAAUGGGGAGGAGAGAAGAGCUCAGACGCCCACCCAGCCCCAGGUGCUCCUCUCCUACCCCUACGAACAACUAAAGAUGUCCUCAGAUGACGGAGUCCGCAUGCUCUUCCUUGACUUUGGAGGGAAGGAGGGAGAGAUUCAACUGGACCUCCACUCGUGUCCGAAGCCGAUCGUCUUCAUCCUGCACUCCUUCCUCUCUGCUAAGAUCUCCCGCUUGGGUCUGGUGGCCUGACCUCUCUAAAGGGAUAUUUCAUCUCCUUUGAAAACAGAAGUCCACUUUUUUCCACCUCUCUGCAGUCCGCAUGCAGUAAACCAUGUCAAACUUUUAGUCGGGGACCCAAGCUGAGUGAAUGUAGCCUCUGUAUAGAAAUGAACCUUUUUUUGGGUGUCCAUAUCCAAGUUUAAGAAACACUUGAGAAAGAACUUGAGAAGGUUCAGGUUGGUUUUCAUUUGAAUGAAAUGGACAGAUUUCUUUGGGAUAAACCCUCCCUAUAAGGGCUGCAUGGACUGAAGUGUUGACUGAAGAACCACAGAAGAAAACGUGGACUGGACUUGAAGUAGAGGGAUGAUAAUCAGACAGAUAAAAGUCUGAAGGAGCAGAUUGGGCAUUACGGUCACGUCCAGGAUUGGAAGGACUGGACAUGUGCUGCGUGGAUAAGAUGAAUUCACUUUAAUUCAAUCAAAAUGUAAUAGCACACUGCCUUCCAUUUACCAAUUAUAUAAUUUAUUCACCAUUAGCUCUGAAAAGACAUUCUGAAUUUCACUCAGUCAUUUUUCAUCACAAUACAGUUGACUCUGUGGCAAAACUUUAUGCAUUUGUCUUUAUUAGCUUUCCCUGAAAUGUCUUGUUAACGACGUCAGCAUUCAUCAUUGAAACUGGGAGACACGGUCUCCUGCACGGUUUCCCACAAUGUGACAGCUGACUCAAAUUCAAAAUGUCACAGUAUGCUUUUAACAGGUGACCAUCUGGUGCUCACAGUGUUUCAGUGUUUGACUGAUGUGACAGUGAUUUUAAGUCAGUUAUGUCUUCCAAUAUGAAGAAAAGGAUUCGCUUCAUUUAACAUGAGCUAUAACAUACUCAAGCAUUCUGAUUUUUUUGAAUCAUAUUUCUGUUCCAUGUUGGCUUCUGGUUAUCACUAAGAAAUAGGGAAAAAAUUAUCCAACUUGUGAAAAGAAUAAUAGCUUUUUAUUGUAAUUUGCAGUUCCGGGUGGCCUUUACUGUUGUGUCUCUCAAGUACAAGUACUACAUAUGCAUGGAUAUUUUUGACAAAGACAAGAUGCAUAUCAUUAGUUCAUCUCUACUAAUACCAUAACCAAAUCAUGAUGUUAUAUUCAUAAUAAUACUUUCACAAACACAUUUUUGGCAAUGUAAUUAAAAGCAAUGGUUUGAUCUUGUAGGGAAAUACGUUUUUAUGUUCUCUGUCUAGAGCUAGAUGACUGUCUGUUACAUAAGAGGCUCCAGCCAGCAGUCGGUUAGCUUAGCUUUGCUUUGUGACUGGACACAGAGGAAAACAGCCACCCAGGCUGUCCAUCUGGCUGUCCUCCUCUUGAGCUCAUUAAGUAGCAUGUUGUAUCUCAUUUAAGUGUACACUAUGUUAACAGGCAGAUUUAGCCAGACUAGUUUGUUCCAGAUGGAUGGCUUACCUGUAAACAGGUAGACAGAGAGAUGAGAAACCAGCAUCACCACGGGCUCCAGCUGUGUUGGACAUCUUAGCCAGCUCUUAGCUUAGCAUAAAGAGUGUCUUAUCACCUCUAUCCAAGAAACAGUUUGACAACCAGCCCCUCUUAAAAGCAUUUUUACACUUUGAUUUUUGUACAAAUUGAGUUAAUCAAAUGUGAUGUGUUAAUUAGCGAACUUUAGAGCCUCAGCUAAGUUCAUUUUGUUACCUUUGGACAGAGCCAGGUUGUUUCCGUGUUUCCAGCAUUAAUAGUAAGCUAACCAGGACUAUGGCCUUAUAUCAACAGACAGGUAUUACAGUUGUAUUGAUCUUCUCAUCUAACUCUCAGGCAAGACAGCAAAUAAGAGUGUUUCCUGAAAUUCUAAAUCAUGAUGAUGUUCCUUUAUUUCUGGGUGGGCAGUGAUCUAUACUGAUAACUGAAUCUCAGUGAGACGGUGCAACAGUCACCUCAUCGUGAAGUGUUAUUCAUCUUUCCUUGAAGUGGCACAGCCAUCACAGGAGUCUGAAAUCCUGCAGUAGCCAGCACAGGACAUUUUGGAUAAUAAUUUUUUGUGAUGCAGCAGAUCAAAUCUGUAUAGAGCACUGUCUCUGACAUGGCUGGCUGCCAGGUCCUUUCCUUGUGCCUUCAGAUGACUGGGAAGAAAACAUUUGAAUUUUGAAAGAAAUGAAUCUUUGAGAUCACAGGGAAGAAUGUGGAGUAACAAUGUGACUUCGAUGAUGGCUACUUUACUUUUGAGCUUUGUGAUGACAGAAAUUCUUCUUUAUCAAAAAUUGAACUGAAUUGAAACACACACAUAUUAACAGUGACCAUACACACACACACACACACACACACUGUGAACGAAUAUUUACGCAUUGUAUUCUUGCCACUUGACCAAGAAAUAUCAUCUGUUUUGUUGAUACUUAAAGAUGGUGGAGGUAAUGUAACACUUUUGUUCAGACAAGAAUCCAGCACUUACUGAUAACCUCAAGAGGAGAGAAGCUUUUUGAGCAAAAGCUGCUUUGAUAUGUAGAAUACUCUGAUGCCUUUGGCAGCUACUGUACUGUCACUGAAUGAUAAAGCUUAGUUUGUAACUCAAACAGUGCACAUAAAUCAUGUAUUUAACAAAAGUGGCACAAUGGGUUUGUUUUUAUUGUCUUCACUUGUCAUUUACUUGCUUCUCACCAGCAACAGAAUGUGCAAAUCGGCAGAAGCAAAAUGUGGGCUUGGGAGUUUCAUUUCAGUUGUAUUAAAAUGUAAAUUAUAGCUAC